UUUAAAAAAAGGGAGUGAAAAAAAACUAAAUUACACUUACAAUUUUUGAUAUUUUAGUAAAUUUAAUUCUGAACAUAUAUGAAUUUACACAAUCGAUGUUUACAUGUCAGUUUUAUUACAAGCAAAGCUCCAGUGAAAUGUUGUAGACAAUUGGUCGCGAAUACACACCGUAAAAUUGUCAGAUUGUCCUAUUUAUCUCGUCUUUUUAUUUAACCUAUGACAAAUUUAUUAAAAAAUGAUUGGCGAAAAGUAGCCUACAUCUGCUGCUAUAAUCUUAUACGAUAGAUAAAUGUGUAAAUCUCUGAAUAUAAUAAUAAAAAAUCUUAUAGGCUACAAGCGAAGACAGGUGUUUUGGACUUUGGCCACCCUUGUUCCAGACAACUAAACUAACAAUUCAAUCACAUGACGCAAAUACUUCAGAACGUGCAGUAAAUAUUAGUCCACUGCUUAAACCGAAUAGGAAACAGCUUAAGAUAACUUUAUGAUUGGAGUGACACGUGCUCUGAGCAUCCACCGAUGCUGUGAAGUGCUUUUGAAAUGGCAGAGUCAUUAGGAGGAGGCACGCGUCCUAAUGAGCUCCUUUUCAAACCUGUUGAAUAGAGACAAGCACCCUGCGGCGAGACCUGGAGCUAUUUAAUGGCCAUUACGCACAGGGCUAGCCAGUUUACGCACGCUCUCCUCUAACCACAUACGCACUGUUUUAGUGACAUCUGAAAAAAAGGGGGGAAAAUGGAAGACAUAUUUUUUGAUUUUGAUCAAGAUGCUGCUACAGACUUUGCCUUCUGGGGCCAAAUGGACCCCAACUUCCAGUUCCAGUCUCAGCUGGACACGCUGCUCCUUGACUGCAGCGCAAUGACAGGUCAGCUGUCGCCCUGGUCCUCUUUCGGAUGCCAGACCGUGUUCCCAGAGGCUCAGCUGACCUUCACGGACUUAGACUCGCAGUCUCCGCAGCUGGAGGUCGGUGCUGAAGUGGACAGCUCCUUAGUGGACGAACCCCAUGAGAUCGGCAAGUGCAGACAGCAGCACCAGCGGCGCUUGACGCCCCAUCAUCCGUACAAGGUGCAGCGCCACGCCGCCAACAUCCGGGAGAGGAAGAGGAUGCUCAGCAUCAAUUCUGCAUUUGAGGAGCUGCGCUGCCACGUGCCCACGUUCCCCUACGAGAAAAGGCUCUCCAAAAUAGACACAUUAAGACUGGCCAUUGCUUACAUCGCCCUGCUCAGAGAAAUCCUCAUGUCAGGCUGUGACCCCAAGUCAUAUGUGGAUGAAUGCAUGAAGAACGGCUAUAAGAAUCAGACCAAUGCCAUCUGGAACACAAGUGAUCUGACAGCUCGGCUCUCUUGGAUAAAGUGGGAUUAACUGCAAUGUGGGCCGGGAAGAGGGACGCCGCCUCUCCCUCCUUUCUCACGCUCCUCUUCAAAGGUGGCAUGGCACGACGACACCACGACAUCUGCAGACUUCUCACCGUGUUACACCUCCUGGCACUCAGGACACUUUUUAUAUUCUAAUUUGUUGUGGGUUACAAUCAGGCCCGCUUUUGCUCAUCCAGACGCGCGUUGUUUGUUGUAAAUGAGGCCUUAUUAGGACAAAGCCGUGGCACUUGUCCCUGUAUGCAAGAUGAGAGAAUGGCAAAUCGCCGAAAGUCCAGUUUUUUUUCCAUGUGCUUCACUGUUGAAAGCUCAUAUAAAGAGGUUGGCCUGGCAAUGUGCCUGACAACCACAUUUCAGAUUUUAGAGAAGUGACAUUUUGUACCUUGAAAUAAUUUUGGGCAAAACCCAGGUAGUUUAUCGCAACAAUAUUUAUUUGUUAAUUUAUAAUUUUUAUUUAUUACAAAUGUUUUAGCUUUUGA